AUGGCUCCCAUUAAGAAGAACAAGAAGGACUCUAACACCAUCAACUCUAAGUUGGCGCUUGUUAUGAAGUCUGGCAAGGUCACUCUUGGAUACAAGUCGACCCUCAAGAGCCUGCGAUCUGGCAAGGCCAAGCUGAUCAUCAUUGCUGGCAACACUCCCCCUCUCCGCAAGUCUGAGCUCGAGUACUACAGCAUGUUGUCCAAGGCCCCCAUCCACCACUUCUCCGGCAACAACAUUGAGCUCGGUACCGCCUGCGGUAAGCUCUUCCGCUGCUCCACCCUUGCCAUCCUCGACGCUGGUGACUCCGACAUCCUCAGCGACCAGGUUGCUUAA